AUGGUGUUUUCCCGGAGAGGAGGCCCAGGAGCCCCGCGACUGCUGCUGUCGCUUCUGCUCCUUGCAGCUGGGGAAUCCGGGAGCUGCCAGGUCCACUACUCGGUCCCGGAAGAGGCCAAACACGGCACCUUCGUGGGCCGCAUCGCCCAGGACUUGGGGCUGGAGCUGGCGGAGCUGGUGCCACGCCUGUUCCGGGUGGCGUCCAAAGGCCGCCGGGACCUUCUGGAAGUAAAUCUGCAGAAUGGCAUUCUGUUUGUGAAUUCUCGGAUCGACCGGGAGGAGCUGUGCGGGCGGAGCCUGGAGUGUAGCAUCCACCUGGAGGUGAUCGUGGACAGGCCGCUUCAGGUUUUCCACGUGGAGGUGGAGGUGAAGGAUAUUAACGAUAACCCACCAGUGUUCAGAGAAGAAGAACAAAAGGUACUGAUUUCUGAAUCUGCACCGCUGGAUUCUCAUUUUCCUCUAGAGGGCGCUUCCGAUGCGGAUAUAGGCGUAAACUCUCUUCUGACCUAUAGGUUAGGUCUAAAUGAGUAUUUUACUCUUAAAAUAAUAACGAAAAACGAUAAAAGUAUAUUGCCUGAACUAGUUCUACGGAAGUCAUUGGAUAGAGAGGAAACUCCACAACUUAAUAUAUUGCUGACCUCCCAGGAUGGCGGUAAGCCCGAGCUAACAGGAUCUGUUCAGAUUAAAAUAAGCAUUUUGGAUGUGAAUGACAACGCUCCGCAGUUUGACAAGCCUGGCUAUAAAGUAGUGCUGUUUGAAAAUGUCCCAAACGGUACGAGAGUGAUACAGCUAAACGCUUCUGAUCUAGACGAAGGGCUGAAUAGAGAAAUUUCCUAUGGAAUCAGACUGAUUUUGCCAGUGAGUGAGAAAUGUAUGUUUUCAAUAAAUCCAGAAACAGGUGAAAUCAGAAUUUACGGGAAAUUGGAUUUUGAAGAGAAUAUUGAGUAUGAAAUUCAGGUUAACGCCAUUGAUAAAGGGAUUCCUUCCAUGGCAGGUCACUGUACAGUCCUAGUGGAAGUUCUGGAUCUGAAUGACAAUACCCCUGAGGUAAUGAUCACUUCGCUGUCGCUCCCCGUGAGAGAGGAUACUCAGGUGGGCACUGUCAUCGCCCUGAUUAGCGUGUCCGACCGUGACUCUGGCGCCAACGGGCAGGUGACC